GAGACAAUAUUUCACGUGUUAGUGUUGUUUACAAGAUUCGGUUUUUACGUGAAUUCUUUCGUAUAGCAGCGAGUAAAAAUUGACGAUUUUUGCUGUUUUUAUAGUGUUUUAUAAUUAAAAUCUGGAUCAAAAAUGUAUUCCGUGAUAAGAAGCUUCCGGCACACCAGCCGAUUGCACGCAAAUUUAAAGAAAUACCUGUCAUCCGACGCUACCGAAAGAGUGCCCAUCAUCACGAGCCAAUCAAUUCAGCAGUACGAAGAUGAUCUGGAGCAACAGUUCAAGCAAAUGUUACGAGACGAUGCUCGCUCCGUUUUGGAACCACUCCCGGACACUCAAUCCGUUGAAAUGCAUCCCAACACGAGGCCGGCCUUCAACUUCGCUGCUUACGUGAACAAGUCGGAAACGCUGCAAAAACUGGUCCAACUUGGGGUAGAUUUGCACAAACUGGAGAAACGGAAAGGAAUCCCUCAGUUCUUGCUGCAGUUGGACUUCGAGAGGGACAUGAAGCAUCACUUGAUGUUCCUGGCCGAAGUUGGAGUUGAUCCGGGUCAGCUGGGUGAAUUCAUUACCAGAAAUCCCUUGAUAUUCAAGGAGGACCUCGGAAACAUGGAAGUACGCAUCAAUUACCUCGAAUCUAAGCGGUUCGUUCCGGAACAGAUAACCCGAAUAGUGGCAAAGAAUCCCUUCUGGCUUAUGAUAAGUACCCGGAGAAUCGAUAGGCGAUUGGGAUUCUUCCAAAAAACGUUCCAGCUGGUGGGCGAUGAGGUACGCUCGCUAACGGCCAAGCAGCCAAGAGUCAUAACGUACAAUCUGGAACACAUACGGAAAAGUACCUUCUCGAUCAAGGAAGAGAUGGGAUUCGACCAGUCGGAGAUGAAAGCACUGCUGCUGAGCAAACCCAAGCUGUGGAUGAUAAAUCAAGACAAACUCCUACAUCGCUUCGACUACGUGCACCGAAGAAUGCAAGUUCCGCACCAGGAAAUCCUGAGAACCCCGGAGAUUUUGGAAUCGAGAGAUCAUCGCAUAAAACAAAGACACGGUUUUCUGAAGUUCCUUGGGAAGGCCCAGUACGAUCCGCAAAAGGAUUUGUACAUUUCUUUGAAAUCGCUCGUGGAAGGAACCGACGAAGAGUUUGCAACCAUUACAGCAAAAUCGAACAUGCAAUGCUACGAAAGUUAUUUGAAGACAUUAUAGUAGAUGCAAAGGCUUUUUCAAGAAGAUAGGUACUAUAAAUAAAACAACAGUUUUGCCUUUGUGCAUUGGAAGAAGA